AUGGGGAGUUUGCGGUGUCCGCCUUUGGCCCGGUCACUGUCGCCCCGACUGCUGCCAAGUGAACGGCGCAUAGCUGGUAGGCCAUGCAGGCCCCCUUCUUUCUCAGGCCAGCUUCCCACAUGGUCAACUGCCACAUUUCUAGGAGCGCUGUCAUGCGCCAAAGAUCGCCGACUACGUUCGCUUGGCACCUCUCUGCAUUGCCACUGGCGCCGUUCCAUCUCGCAGCGUGCCUCGCCGGCUGCUCCUGCUACGCCUGUGCCAAGCCGCAGUCCUGUACACAUACUAUCGGCAUGCAAUGCAUACAGGCAGGAGACUAUCAUUCUGGAACGGAGCGCAGCCGUGCAUGGCUACUCAUUCCGUGCUGUUGGACUAGGUGAGCCGUUCACCGGUGUUGGCAUGAAGCUAAUUCUUUAUGACAAGGCCUUGACGGAGAUGGUUGGUCGCCAGAUCCCGCCGAACGAGCCGGUUUUGCUUCUCGACGCUUGGGACACCAUCAUAUUGGGCCCCGCAGAGGAGUUCGCCGAGAAGCUGCUAGCCAGCAACAUUCUGUCCAAUGGAGUGGUACUUUGCGGUGCAGAUCGUAUUUGUGCUCCGGAUUACAAAAUGGCACCCAAAAUGGAGCGGCAUUUUCCUGACAUACAGACACCAUGGAAGUAUCCCAAUUCGGGAUGCAUGGUGGGCACCGCAGCUGCUAUGCGGGCUUUCAUUCAUGGCUUGGUCCAUGGGACCGACGGUGGGUCAUACACAGACCAAGACGACGAUCAGCUUCGCGUCCAGCAAUUUCUCCUCGGUUGGCAGGAACAAGGUAUACGCUACCCUUUUCAGCUCGACACAGACUGCUUUAUAUUUCAGAACAUGGGGGAACCGGAAUGCGGCUGGGACUUCGAAAAGGCGGAUCCUAGUGGUCCCCGCAUUCGAAAUCUUACUACGGGUCACCAGCCCCUGGUGGCCCACGGCUGUGGUGGCCAUGGCCGGUGGUUCCUCGCAGAUAUCUACCGGGAUCUGGACUUAUUGGAAUUCUUAAAGAUUUCACCAGACGACCUCACCGGGAUUCCCUACGCUGGCCUGGUGCCCCCUGGUGACGAGAUGAAGGAAGAGUACUGGGUCGAUCAACCUCCUUGGGAAUUCCCCUUCCAGGCUUUUGAGGUGAUCCGUGGUGUGGCUCUCCGUGAGGAGCACGAGGCUCAGAAUCGACUCCUGGAGUGA